AUGGCAGAGGUCGUUUUGCUAGUCGAUGAUUUGAAACUGCUUUCUGGGAUUCCUCGCUGUAGAAUUUGUCAUGAAGAAGAGUUUGAAAGCAUAGAAACCUUGGAAGCACCUUGCGCUUGUUCUGGAACCGUUAAGUUUGCUCACAGAGAUUGCAUACAGAGAUGGUGCAACGAGAAGGGAAACACAAUCUGUGAAAUAUGUCUCCAGCAAUAUGAACCCGGGUAUUCAGCUCCACCCAAGAAGUCUAAGAUAAAUGAUGAAGCAAUGUCCAUUAGGGAGGAGGAAGAAGAGUCAAACGGAAGAAUAGAGAUCAUGGUUGAAGGUGUUGCAAUGGAAAACGAUUACUCUGAAUGCAGUUCUGCCGCAGACAGAAGCGCGUCUUGCUGUCGAUCACUUGCAAUAGCUUUUACACUUGUCUUACUCGUAAGACAUUUUUUCGCUGUGCUUUCGAAUGGAACGGAAGAUUACCCAUUUACACUACUUACUGUAAUUAUAUUAAAAGCUAGCGGAAUUAUUAUACCGAUGUACAUAGUAAUUAAGAUAAUUGGAGCCAUUCAGAACAGUAGUCAGCGCUACGAGGAUUCUGACGAUGACACAUCCAUGCCUGAAGAAGAUGAGAUACAGCAUAAUGUAAAUUUAAGACAUUCAUAG